AUGGGUAGUUAGUAUUUUUAAAAAGUUUUGCAAAAAAAAGCAUCAAUAUGGUUUAAGUUGUCAAAAUAAGUGGCAGAAUGGGGAGAAAAAAUGGUUAACUUGGUUAAAAUUAGCAUGAAUUAAUUAUUGCAACAUCAAUUUCAACUCAGUAAUAGCUUACCAAAUGAGGUAACUGUUAGCCAGGAUGCUAGCACCAAUGCUACUGAUCCAACACACAUACACUGAUCAUCAUUACAUCACAACCAGUGUUGGGUAGUGUUACUUUUGAAACUAACUCGUUAGAUUACUGCGUUACAUAUUGAGAAAAGUAAUUUGUUACGUUAUUGCGUUACCUACUUCUAAAAGUAACGCGUUAGAGUACUUUUGCAUUACUAAAUAUUAAAACCCUUUAGCCACUCGUUCUACUCGGCGGUUGAAAAAACGACAGAUAACGAAUGCAUGUCUGCAUUUGAAUGUGCAGACUCUAAUGCCAAUGUACAGCCUAAUUUACAGCCGAUUAUCUGUAUAUUUGAAGCCUUAGAACACCGCUAACAGACAGGAAAACCUUUACAGCUCUUUAACAUGUUCACAAUCUGACAACAAGCUGAGCAGAGGCAGACAGGAUCACUCCAACGCUGUGCGUAAUAACCGCGCGUAAUUGGAACAACUGAUUCAAUGAAAGCAAACAGAGCUUUUAAACUUACGUUUUACCAGGAUGCUGCUCUUGUCCCUUUCAUCCAAAAAUCCAUCCUAAUGGGGAUAAUUCCACAGUGGCCUGCUGUCCUCUUUGACAUCUCACUGGCUCAACAAGCUAACAAUGCGCGUGUAAUGGCACAGAAUGUUUACCUUCCGCUGGCACGUGCCAACAUGACUACAGGAAGAGAGAAGGACAAACAGAGCUUCAAGGAGCUUCUUUAUUUCUUUCUCUCUUUUUGAAGCCACGGAAGAGAGAGGAAGUUUGGGAUUUUCCUUUAGUAACAGAAUACUUUUGUGUAAAUGUAACUAAUAACGGGAUUACUUGAAUUGUUAAACUAACACGUUACGUUACUCAUUACUCCAAAAAAGUAAUCUGAGUACACUAAGGGAUUACUUUGUAAGGCGUUACCCCCAACACUGGUCACAACUGGGGAGGACCCAUACUCUGGGGGUUUUCAGGGACCAGCCAGAUCCAGAAGACACACCUUGACUUGCCUGAAGGGACACUAGUGUGCCUGGUCACACCAUUUGAGAACCACUGCUAUAAGGUAUGAGGUAACUUUCCAGUGUUGGUGAACCUGAUUGUAAGCGUCACCUCUGAUGUGCUGAAAUGCAUGUUUAAAGAAAGAAAAACAUCAGGGUUAAUGUGUUUAAUGGCAUGUAGCCAGUACACCACAACCUAAAGGCCAUUAGUGGAAACCCUCUAUAAGUUCCUCCUCUCACAGCCCCUGUCCACCUUCAUCAUCCUGUCUACUGCUGGAGUUAGUCUGACACGGGCAGAAAGAGAGAGUGCAUGUUUUUGUUCGGGGCCAGAAAGGCGUUCUCCUGCCUCAGGAUGUUGCCUUUAAAGCUGAAGAAGUGGGUUUCCUGUCGAGGAAAUGAUCACAGAAAAGACAAGGCUUAGUCGAGACUCUUUGUUCCCAGGAUUUCUCGAGUACAGGUCGCACAGCUGCAGAGUCGGGAGCAGGCAGUCUCCUCAUCCUAAUGGGUGAAUGAAAUAUUUAUGUCUGAAUAUUAUGAUUUAAUUCUUCAUGUAGCUGCUGACGCUACACCAUCUGAAAAUGCUCUCUCUGUCCCCUACAGGUGUUUGCUUCCCCUGAUGGAUCCUGGAUAAACUUUUCUGCUGGAGAACUUUUGCAUCAGCUGAAUGGGUGGAAUCUUUAGAUGGGAAUUUCUUGUUUUUUCCUCCAAUAAGGAAUGGGUAUUCACACCCCGACUCAUCCUCCAGAUCUAAGUCCAAUCACUGCGUAAAAUCUUCUGGACAUUUUCCAUGUAAGGUGCUUGAUCAUCAGAGACAUGUCCAAUGCCAGCUGCGACCUCCCCCUGGACACAGACACUCUGGGGCUGACCUGUAUCUACAGCCUGAUCUUCUCCUUAGGUCUCCCCAGCAACUUACUGUCUCUGUGGGGACUGUACCACCUGGGCCGCUCAGGUGGCGGAGGCUGCCAGCUGGUCUACAUCCUCAACCUGCUUCUUUCAGACCUCCUCCAGCUGCUCACACUGCCGCUGUGGAUCCUCUAUCUCCGAGGCGGGCAUCUUUGGCCCUACGGCCAGCUGACCUGUGAGCUGGUGGGCUACGUAUUUUAUGUGAACAUCUACGCCAGCGUCAUGUUCCUGUGCCUGAUAGCGCUGGACCGGUGCCUCGCCAUCGUGUACCCGCUGAGUAGCCGUAGGGUGCGGACCGUCAGGGUGGCAGCUGUGUGUGGGGUGGCAGUGUGGACCCUCACCUUCCUGUUCUGCCUGACUGGGCUUCUGCCUACAGUGUUUGAUGAAGAUAGGCUGCUGUGUCUGGAGCAGUACCCUGUCAGUCCCUCAUAUGCUCGCUUCAAGCUCACCACUGUGGCCCUGGGGUUUCUGCUGCCAUGCACCAUACUAGGAUACACCUCUGCCCACAUUGGAGUGACUCUACGGCGAUCUCCCUCCCUCUCCGACUACGAACGCCACAGAAUCGUGGGCAUCCUGGUUGUGAUAACCGUCAACUUCAUGGCGGUGUUUGGACCCUAUCACCUGGUGUGUGGAUACAGAUUUGUGUCCCUGCUGCUGACCGAUGAGCCAUGUGGACUGGAGCGUUCCAUUUUUCUUAUCUAUCGUAUUUGCUAUGGCCUGACCAGCCUCAACACACUGCUGGAUCCCCUCUUCUACAUCUUCCUGUGCCCCGAUGCUCGGCUAGAGCUGCAAAGGUCCUUGCCCUGUGUGGGGAGGGGGCAGAGCGGGGCUAAAAAGAUAACUCUGAGUGUAAGAGCUCAACCAGAAACUCAGAGGGAAAGUCAAACAGGACAUAAUAAUCCCCUAGUAAUAUAGCUGUGACUCUCCACAGACUGAUAUUAUACUAGAGCUGUGAUCCUCAAUGCACGGCUCUGGGGCCACAUGUGGCUCUCUUGUGAUGAUUUGUGGCUUUUUUGUGUCUUAAUUUGAAUAUUAUUCCCCCAGAAAACCUGAAAAAAGGAAAAUUUGACCUCAGAAAUGAUCCAUUGCCAGUCAC